AUGAUGAAGCUGGAGACUGCAGCAGAGACGCCCUCAUGCCUGAAGAUAACUGACAUGAUCAGAGACUAUGCAGUGAUACAAGCUUUGGAUUCACAGCUGGGGUCCUUCUGUGCUUUUCUAAGACUUUCACUUUGGCUCGUCAUGACCAAACAGCUGCAGGCUCGAAGGCUGGAUGGGAUCGACCACAACCCAUGGGUGGAGUUUGUCAAACUGGCUAGUGAGGCUGAUGUCGUGAACUUGGGCCAAGGCUUCCCAGACUUCCCACCCCCAGACUUCGCCGUGGAAGCCUUUCAGCACGCCAUCAGUGGGGACUUCAUGCUCAACCAGUACACGAAGGCAUUUGGUUAUCCACCCCUGACGAAGAUCCUGGCCAGUUUCUUUGGGAAGUUGCUGGGACAGGACAUAGACCCGCUCAAGAACGUGCUGGUGACUGUGGGUGCCUAUGGGGCCCUGUUCACAGCCUUCCAGGCCCUGGUGGACGAAGGAGACGAGGUCAUCAUCAUUGAGCCCUUUUUUGACUGUUAUGAGCCCAUGACAUUGAUGGCAGGGGGUCGCCCUGUGUUUGUGUCCCUGAAGCCGAGCCCCAACCAGGAUGGGGAACUGGAUUCCAGCAGCAACUGGCAGCUGGACCCCACGGAGCUGGCCAGCAAGUUCACAUCUCGCACUAAAGCCCUUAUCCUCAACACACCCAACAACCCCCUGGGAAAGGUGUUCUCCAGGGCAGAACUGGAGCUGGUGGCCAGCCUGUGCCAGCAGCAUGACGUGGUGUGUAUCACCGACGAGGUCUACCAGUGGCUGGUCUACGACGGGUGCCAGCACAUCAGCAUCGCCACCCUCCCUGGCAUGUGGGAACGCACCCUGACCAUUGGCAGCGCUGGCAAGACAUUUAGCGCCACAGGCUGGAAGGUGGGCUGGGUCCUAGGCCCGGACAGUCUCCUGAGGCACCUGCGCACCGUGCACCAGAACUCCAUCUUCCACUGCCCCACCCAGGGCCAGGCUGCAGUAGCCCAGAGCUUUGAGCGGGAGCAGCUGCACUUCGGCCAACCCAGCAGCUACUUUGUGCAGCUCCCACAGGCCGUACAGCGCUGCCGUGACCACAUGAUGCAGAGCCUGAAGUCUGUAGGCCUGAAGCCCGUGGUCCCCCAGGGCAGCUAUUUCCUCAUCACAGACAUCUCGGAAUUCAAGAGCAAGAUGCCCAACUUGCCUGGAGCUGCAGAUGAGCCUUACGACAGACGCUUCGUCAAGUGGAUGGUCAAGAGCAAGGGCUUGAUGGCCAUCCCGGUGUCCAUCUUCUGCAGCGUGCCACAUCAGAAGCUCUUUGACCACUAUAUCCGCUUCUGUUUCAUGAAGGAUGAAUCCACGCUCCAGGCCAUGGACAAGAAGCUACAGAAGUGGAAGGAUGAGCUCAGGCCCUGACAUCACCCCCUGGGCCCUG